AUGAAGUCAUCAUCAAUUGGUGUUACUGUGGCAAUCCUCCUUUGCGGACAUACCAAUUCUACAGUAGCCGCCAGGGAAAGCUCUUCGUCGUCAGAGCGUCGAAUGGUGACCAUCCUACCAAAGGAAGAACCCAAAGUGCAUGGCAUAUUCCAGAAACACGGUCGUUCGGCCGAACUCUUUUCCGUUCCCAAGGGGAGCUCUCUAUUGUCGGAUUCCCUUUCGGAUGCAACCGCUGCCACUGCUACGCAACUUCCUAUUCAAUUGUCUUCUAGGACACGGCAUGUGUCGCACAUUCUGGCGUCCCUUCUGACCGCAUGUUUGUUUGGAUCCAUUCUUUUUUGUUGGAAGGUUGAUGGUGUGGCUGGUAUUGGAUUUUUCAUUUGCAGUAUUGUGGCAUACUUUGUGGAAUCAGCGUUUAGUAGUACCGCUCGAUACCUUCGCAACUCGCUGACCCGAGAUGGCGUCGAUGAGUAUUUGGAUUCCAUAAAAGCCGCCAUUCCCAGAGUCAUUUGGGAUAUUCAAUGCUUUCACUACCGCCGGCGUCGUGUCAAGUAUUCUUCUGGCAGCAGCAAACGAGUACGCACGGAAACUGAAAAGAUUGUGACCCAUCGAGCCUCUGGCGAGUACUCCUUUGAUAGGUGGAAGGAUGAAACGGAUACUCGGAGCUUGUCAAGAAUGCUAACGGGUGGCGGCAACACCGAUACCAAAGACGAUGAUUCCACACAAGCACAACGAUCGUCCAUGCCAAAGCAAUUUACCAAGAUCACUUUGGACAAACUACUCUUGUUUGCCAACGAUGAAAUGUAUCACGAUUUUAUGGAUCAAGAAUCAAGGUUUAGACAAUUACAUCAGCAUCGAGACCUCCAUCACUCCUUUUCUUCUCGACUAGAAGUGGAUGGAUACUUGCCAAAGAUUCUGGUGGUCAAUCACAGUCUGGGUGGAGCAGGAACGGGAUUGAUCAAGAAUCAAUGGUACUGGAUUUUUACUUGCUUUGGUCUGACAGUACCUUAUCGAAUAUGGUUCUCCCAGCAUUGCUCUAAUACCGAAGUUACCAUUACCAAAGAGGUGACGAAAUGA